AUGGCUUUACUGCAGAAAACGUUGCUCUUUAUCGCGGCAUGGAGCCGAGUCGAUGCUUUUGAAGCAGAUGAUUACACCUUUGGCCAAUUCUGCAGGCGACCGCCGAACUUCGGUGCAGGAAAGUUGAUUGCGACCGACAUAUGCGAGGUGACUUAUGACGUUGAAAUGGAUACCAAUCUAGCAGCGGCGAGUUUCUGUGAACAGCAGCAUCCUUACUCGCUGAAAUCGUUCGGAAGGAAUGGAGCUAAAACGAUUUGCACGAUAGGAAGCUACUUCAAAUGCAAAGAAUCGGAAGUUCUCAUAGACAAAACCUGCUAUAUCGUGAAAGAGGAGAAAACGAUCCUCACGGCCUUCACCCAAAGUGGUUGUGGCAGCAGACACACAGUACACAAGUUUAAAAGCCAAUUCGAGCAGAAAUGGGUUGCAACUUUCUUUACCAAGCAUCCUAUGUUAUGGAUUGCCAACAGCCCUGCUGACUCUAUCACAAAACAUCUCAAAUUUGCGCUGCGGAAAGGUAAGGCUAAACAUAUGAGUAUCGUUGCUGUGUUGUGA